ACCGUUUUAUCUUUUUACGGCGACUUUUAAAAUGGGAAUAGUACUGCGCAAUCUCCAAAAACAGGUGCCUCUUCGCCGCGCCAGACUGCGCAAAGAUGUUGAUACACUGAGGCACAUACUGGGCAUCCAGAAAUUCGACCUGGGCAUCGUCUGUGUGGAUAACCACAGGAUUCAGCAAAUCAACAAUAUAUACAGAAAGAAGAAUGAGCCAACGGAUGUACUCUCAUUUCCAUUCUACGAGGACCUGAGGCCUGGUAAAAUGCCACUCCCCCUUCAUAGGGAUGAGCACAACCUUGGAGACAUUUUCUUGGGGGUCGAGUUUGUGAUGAAGGAGUGUAAGGAAGGAUCCCUAGAUCUGCAUGGAGCCCUCACUGCUGUCACUGCACAUGGUAUCUGUCACCUGUUGGGCUACAGACAUGAGACAGAGGAAGAAUGGACUGAGAUGCUGCAGCGGGAAAACUACAUUCUAAAUGAAUACAACAGACUCACAGGGAGAAAUCUGGAGCCACUGAUGAAGAGAUGCAGUCAGGACAGGUGACAGUGACUGUCGCCUGCUAACUUUACACUACGGUGCUUGAUAUUGUUGUUCACUCUCCUGUAACAAUGGUGGACUACUGUUCUGACUGUAUUCACUGUCAUGCCGUCUUCUCCACAAUCUGUGGCUGCUGUUUUUAAGGACUCUUAUCACGUGGCAGUACAUACAGCGGUUUGAUUGUGGAUAUCCUUUUCCAACACUGAAUGAGUGUUGUUACAAGAGUUUUUAAACAUCAAAUUAAAAAGUCUGUGAACUUUCACCGUAAUAUUUUAUUAAAAUCUGCUUUAGGAAGAGUCAGUUGUGUAUGAAGGGUAGAAAAAGAUGUUCAUUUUUACUUCACAAAUACAUUAUGCCCUCUUUACACUGCCAUUGGGACAGGAUUCAGAAAUGUAAAUCCAAGGCUGACAUUAAAAAAAAUGGGAGAACAAAUGUCUGAGUAACUUUUACCAUCAGCUAAUAAAUAAUGCACACUUCCUAAAACCCAACUAAUAUGGCUGGGUAUCAAUAUCACAUGGGUAUUACCCAUGUUUUAUAAUGCUGUUAAAUAGAUUUUCUUCUGUUUUGAGGGGAGGAAACGGUCUGAAUAUGUCCAGCAGACAUCAUGCUUCAAAGUUGCACAUUAGCCGUGGUGUACUGAAAUGUGAUUUCAUUUUUACAGU